UAGCGCUAGUGUAGCGACAGGCGCUGUAGCGCGCGCGUGUUCAUGUCUCUCACUGUUUACACCGUCUCUCCCACUUGUAUUGCGCUAUCUAUACGAUACAGAUUUAUUAAUUGUUUGGCUCCUGUUUGACUUUGCUGUUUAAUUAAUUUGUUUGUUUGUUUGGCCGCUCUCCUCGGGAUCGACUGCAGUUGCUGCCUUCGCCCAGCCCGGCUCGCUUCUUCCUCUUCUCUCUCAGUCGAGCCAUGCUGAGGGCGGAUUCAGACACAGAGUGUAUGAAGGUACUGGCUCUGGUGAUCCUCAACUUGUGUGGGAUAGUCAUCGCUCAGUUCGACAACUACUACAACUGGCCAGACACCAGCCCUCCAGUUGUGAAGACAGAGACUCGCGUCGCAGGCAAAGAGACGAGGCUCCGGUGUCACAUCAAGGAGCGAUUCCGACACAUACAAAACGGACUGAACCUCACUUGGGAACACAAAACUUGCAGAGCAGGCUAUGCAGGAGCCUGCAUGGAGAAUGGAGAAUGGCGUCCUGUGUGUGGUGCUCCUGGACAACCCUGUCCUCCUAUCCUGACUCUGGUGGAGCCCCAAACCUCGGACUCUGGCCUUUAUCGAUGUCACAUUACGCUGGACACCUCUGUCAUCACGCCUAACAUUUACAUGCUUCAGUUUAUAGAGAAAAGACGUGAGCCUCCCACGAUAGUGGAUGGCAUGAACAACAAUCUGACAGUGGUAGCGCAGAUGGUGGCUGUAUUACAGUGCAAAGUGCACAGUUUGGUCCCACCGACUGUGCGCUGGUUUCGCCGCCUUGACUCUCCACCCCUCUCCAUUCGCUCGCCCACCCAUAACUUCAUUCAGUACCUCAACAGCACUUACAAGCUGCUGAACUGUUGCCCAGUGGCUGCUCUCUCCCAGCGGGACCUGUACCUCAGUAAACUGGUCAUUUCUGCCAGUUCCCUUUACGACUCAGGAUUCUACAUCUGCCUGGCCAUCAACGAUGUCAACUACACGUACAAGGAGGCUUACAUCAACGUACUUCCUAUCCUCAGGGUAUCCAGUGACAAAGCGGAGACCGGGUCGUUCUUGGGAUUGUUUCUGAUCCCGGCGGCCCUGGCUAUGAUCCCAGCGGUGGCGUGGGUGAUGUGCUUGAGACCGCGCAAGCUGGCGGCUCUGGAGUCCCCUGCACAGCCUCGACAGGCACACACGUGCAGACAGUCUGUUCCGACACACACAGAGCCUGCACCUAUACACAGGAUACCUCUACUGCCUACUUGCUCCAACACGCCAGCCAUCAACCCAUCAUUUAGACCGAACUGACUUUACUUGUCGUUAGUCACUACUCUUUCAUCUCAUAUUGCGCCAAAGUUCCAGUCUCCUGGGUACAAGAGUUACCAAGGUACCGAGUCAAGCAACUAAGAGUAUGACUCUUCUACUUGGAUCUGUGAUCAUUGAGUAGGUCUGCCCUUGCAAACAGCCUAUUCGAGUAGCCAUUAAUUUUGAAGCACCUAUGAAACAAAACUAUAGAUGAGUCGCUUUGAAAGCGACCUGUGCUAAGAUUUCUUGAGCGUAGGGGGAGGGUAACACAAACCCUACAAGUGGUAAAGUGGCGACUGAGGAGUGGUUGGUAAGGAAUGUGGAGGAAGAAGUGAGUCCACACUUCUUCUCCCUCUCCACAUCUCUCUCUCACUCUUCCCCGCCGCACUGUUCACUUAAAAGGUCGAUUUCAAAGCGGCUCAUCUAUAGUACAAUGCAAUGGUCUAUAUAGAAAAUUGUUUCAGAGGAGACCUACACACUAGGUGUGUUUAGAAGGUAUGAAAUUCCUUCAAAACUCAGGAUCUCGGGAAUCUUUCCCCAAGAAAUUGUUGAGCUUUAAGACCACAAAAAUGUUCUAGCGUAAAGUAAACUACAGGGUAAAAAAUGUUUUUUUUUUAAUUUGAAGGGAAUCAAACCCCCUUCCCCAUUAUUACGCCCAUGACUUUGAGGUGAGGCGAGUCAUCCCUUUUGAGGAGUCUCCAAUGAAUAAAAGUAAUACAGUAAUUAUUGUGCAGUAAAAUUUUUCAAUCUCAAAAUCAUUGACUUUGGUGAGAAAAACACAAGUGUUUAUUUCAAUUGCAAUUAUAUUUUUCCUAUUUAUUGUAUCUUUAAUGUUUUGAUAAUUUAAACAGAGCUAGAAAAACAGUUCAUUAAGCUCUAGUAAAAAAUCUAGCAAUCCUAAAAUACUACUCUUAAUAUAUUAUUUCUUAUUAUUAUUAUAUUAUUCUUGAUAUUUACAAUAUCAAAUUUUAGAACAUUCUAGGAGAAGAAAAAUUAUAUUAGUAAACACAAACACUUUGGUUAAUAUAUUUAAGUCUUCUUUAAUCAGUUUCAUGUCUUGAUAAAUUUAUUUUCUAAAUCACUAGCUGCUUUUCAAAUUCAUCCAAUCCAUCUGCAAGGUAGUGCCAUCCAAUUUUAAAUUAUUAUGUAUCAACAUAUAAAAUAUCAACACAUGCUAGACGAUAUGUUCCAAACGCCAACGUCAGUAAUCUUAGAACAGUUCUUAAGGGAUGCCAGAUUAAACAGGGUUGUUUAUAGAAUCAGUUCGUUUUUAUGACUUGACGUUGCAUCAUUUUGCUAACAAAUCAGGAUGAGACAGACUAUGGAAAAUUGUUUUCAUUUUUGCAUACACACUUCUGGAAGAUGAAAUCGUUUACUGUGAUUAUAGGUUUUUAAGGAAUACUUUCUUAUGUUUGGUUUCAGGGUCUACUAAUUGGUUUUUUCACGGUCAUGAUCAUUGGAAAAAGCAAUUCCACAGUUACUAUUUUUACAAGUUUUUAAUAAACAAAAAGAACUCAACUUUGGCUGCAAUAAAACUAAAUAAGUCAAUCAGCAAAUUUUUGUAUAUCUCACAUUUUUUAAUUCAUACAAACGUGAUAUACAUAUGUUUUGUACAUAUUAUGUGAAGACUGAUAUUUAUAGUUUAUUAUUAACAUAAUUUACAUACUAGUCACUUGUAAAUAAAAAUUAUACAGUUUCGAAAAAAAUUUUAUUAAUUCUUAACCCUUGUUUUUAUCCUGUAGUGUUUAUUUCAGAGCUGUAUGCAAUUUGUUGAAGACAAUUCACUAAAAAUACAAAUAACAAGCAAUUUAUAUGACAUUAUAACAUUGUUUCUGAAUGAAAUAAAGAAUUUAAAACAGGUAA